CGGGUCCCCGUAUCCCGGAAGUGGCGUUGGUGGCGGCGGGACGAGUGGAACUGCAGAGAAAUGGAGCGGCCGGGCGGAAGCGUUCCCGGAAACGUGCCGCUGCGCCCCUCGGACGGCGGCCGGCGGCAGCCAGAAGAGAUCAGGGGCGCCGGCUCCGCCAUGGCCAAGCAGUACGACGCGGUGGAGUGUCCCUACUGCGACGAGGUCUCCAAGUACGAGAAGCUGGCCAAGAUCGGGCAAGGCACCUUCGGGGAGGUGUUCAAAGCAAAACAUCGUCAAACAGGCAAAAAAGUUGCAUUGAAGAAGGUGUUGAUGGAGAAUGAAAAAGAGGGGUUCCCCAUCACAGCCCUACGGGAGAUCAAAAUCCUCCAACUACUCAAGCAUGAAAAUGUUGUGAAUCUCAUUGAGAUCUGCAGGACCAAAGCCUCCCCGUACAACCGCUGCAAGGGCAGCAUCUACCUGGUAUUUGACUUCUGCGAGCAUGACCUGGCUGGACUCCUCAGCAAUGCCCACGUCAAGUUUACACUUUCGGAGAUCAAGAAAGUCAUGCAAAUGCUCCUGAACGGCUUGUACUACAUCCACCGUAAUAAGAUCUUGCAUCGGGACAUGAAAGCAGCCAACGUGCUUAUCACCCGCGAUGGUGUUCUGAAGCUGGCCGACUUUGGCCUGGCUCGGGCCUUCAGCCUAGCAAAGAACAGCCAGCCCAAUCGCUACACUAACAGGGUGGUGACUUUGUGGUAUCGUCCUCCGGAGCUGCUUCUGGGGGAACGAGAUUAUGGACCACCCAUUGAUCUCUGGGGCGCAGGAUGCAUAAUGGCAGAGAUGUGGACCCGAAGCCCCAUCAUGCAGGGAAACACAGAACAGCACCAGCUCACUCUCAUCAGCCAGCUUUGCGGAUGCAUCACCCCGGAGGUGUGGCCAAACAUGGAUAAGUACGAACUGUAUGAGAAGCUGGACCUGCCGAAAGGGCAGAAGCGCAAGGUGAAGGAGCGGCUCAAGGCGUACGUCAAAGACCCAUAUGCACUGGAUCUCAUAGACAAGCUGCUGGUCCUGGAUCCUGCCCAAAGGAUAGAUAGCGAUGACGCCCUGAAUCACGACUUCUUCUGGUCCGACCCUAUGCCCUCUGAUCUCAAGAACAUGCUCUCCACCCAUAACCAAUCCAUGUUUGAGUACCUGGCUCCUCCCAGGAGGAGGGGUGGACAUAUGCCACAGCAGCCUGCCAAUCAGGGCAGGAAUCCAGUGGCGACCAAUCAGACAGAGUUCGACAGAGUGUUCUGAUGGCUGUGGACCAAGAACAAGAAUGGAGUACUGGUUUCCAAUGGAAUAACGAAAAUGAUUUGUUUCAGCUGUUUUUUUUUUUUUUUUUACUGUUGCAAAGCAAAGCAAAAUGAACAAAACAAAAACUGGUAGGAAGAGAACAAGACAGCUGCAGGUCUGUGUUUUAAGAGCUACAGGACUAGAUUAAACACUGGAAAGGUGUGUAGAGUUCUGCCUAGCUGGGCUAUCACAGACUGAAUUGCAGCUUUUCUGUGCUUGUUGAUUUCUAAAGUACUGAAACAAUCUCGAUGAACUUUUUUUUUUUUUUUAAUUCAUUGGUUCUAUGAAUUUGCACUGCUAGGAAAGUGUGUAUCUGGUGUGCAGGAGGAUGGAGCAGACUGGGUAGGGUCUUGUGUCCAAGAAUGGCUGCUGACUUUGAAUCAUAACGUGGGGCCUGUCCACUUCUGCCACACAUGUGUUGUGGCAGUGGGUUGGUUAGGGUGGCCAGGAAGGGAGCUGCAGAUCUCCCAGGCUUUGGUAACAGAGGUAGCCUUCCCAUGGUGGCAGAGAAGAACGUGGACCCAUCCUUGAGCCACUGUAGGAUGGCCAUCUAACCAUUGUUGCUUAAAUAGGGGUCCCCAGCUGUUGGACUACAAGUCCCAUCAUACCUAGCCACUGGUCCUGCUGUGGAUGAUGGGAGUCGUAGUCUAACAGGUGGUGAACCAAGUUUGAGAAACACUGAAUUCUGAUCUUUUUGCUGCACCACUAUGUAGCUCUGCCAUGAAUUUUGUAGGCUUCAAGCUUUUUUAUUAUUAUUAUUUAAAAAUCCCAACAGCAGGCAGUAAAUGCUCACUUACUUGGACCUAACAAGGCAAGAGGUCUGAUGACUUUCCACCCGGCGUAUGGGUGGGAUACUUAUCUGUAUUAUACUUAUAUCAUGUUCUGGUCUUUUUCUAAAUAGCUCAACUGUAAUAAAAGGUAUUUGCAUA